UAUAGCUUCAUCCCUCAGAAUUUACACUCUAUCCUUAUAUUCCUACAUCCAUGGUCUCCAUUUUCUUGUUUAUCUCUUAUCGAUGAUAUGUUUUGAACAUAUAACACAUUACAACAUACUACAGUUAAAAGAGAAUUUUACAAUUAUGAUGGAAAAUGAUUCGUACUCAGCAGAGGAUGAUGAUUCUUUGGAUAUUGCUUCGAAAUGUUGGAAACGUGUCAUAGAUACUGCUACCAAGACUGGAUAUAGAGAAGGUAUACAAGAUGGAGCAGACUCUGUACUGCAAAAAGGCUUUGAUAUAGGAUAUGAAGAUGGUUUUAAGACAGCUUUUAUGUUGGGAAAAUAUAAAAGUCUAAGUCUUGUUUUAUUGUCUGGUAUAAAACAUCCUGUGGAUGUGGCUAUUACUCUCGAUAAAACUAAACAAGGCAUAUGCUGGAUAUGCAGCAUGGAGUCACAAAAUAUAACUUGCAACUAUGAGAGUAUUUCAUUUUCUGAAGUGCUAAACAAUCAAAGAAAGCAUUCUACAGAAAUAAUAAAUAAACUACACGAACACUUUCAAUCAGUUUUAAAAGAACCAAAUAUUAAGAUUGGUUUAAACUUCUAACGAAGAUAGAUAUGU